AUUCAAACGUCGUCUGUGAAAAAUUCAACUCUAUUUUGUGCAAUUUGUUUCUUCUGAAAUAAUUAGUAGAACCGUCUGCAGUGACUCUAAAAUUAGCAGAAUAACAGUUAAAUAUAACAGAAACCGCAAUGAAGCGGAAAUAUCAUUAUCCAAAUGUGACGAACGUAGCGCAGAUCUUGAUCGACCGUAACUAUAGGGACAUGGAACACAUCGUGAGGAAUCGACUUAAAACUGCCCCGCAGUUCAUUGAUAAGAUAGAACUGGAAGCCGAGCUCAAAGGCCACAACGGUUGCGUUAACUGUUUGGAAUGGAGCGACAACGGUCGAGUGCUGGCUUCCGCGUCCGACGACUUCCACGUGAUGCUGUGGGAUCCGUUUAGUCAUAAGAAACUGUACGAUUUGGCCACACCGCACGAUGGUAAUAUUUUCUCCGUCAAGUUUCUUCCGAAACGAAACAACUCUACGCUGGUCACGGGUGCCGGUGACUGCCGUACGUUCGUGUUCGAUAUUACCCGCAACGAGUUCCCGAUUCGGAAGUGCAACUGUCACGGGCAGCGCGUUAAACGGUUGGCCACAUCGUCGAAACACGUUCACCUGUUUUGGUCGUCGGCCGAAGAUGGCAAAGUGCUGCAACAUGACAUGCGUACGCCGCAUACAUGCCGGGCCAAUGAUGCCAAUGUGCUGAUCAAUUUGCGCAACCACAUCAACGAAAUGCCGGAGGUGAAAUGUAUCGCCAUCAAUCCGCAACGGCCGGAGCUGAUGGCUGUAGGUGCAAACGACUGUUACGCUCGGGUGUACGAUCGGAGAAUGCUAUCAUUGAUGAAGCUCAGCACAAACGUUGAACUGAAACCGAACGAAAACGAUACCGACAAUGUACCGCGGGAUGGAUGCGUUCAGUACUACUGCCCCGGUCACUUGAGCCGCAACAAAGAAACGGUUUAUUCGAUGUUCAACCAGAAAGCGGUCACCUACCUAACGUUCAGUCCGGACGGGGGAGAACUGUUGGUGAAUAUGGGCUCGGAACAAAUCUACCUUUACGAUUUGGCCCGACCGAAGGAGGCAAUGUUUCUGCAACUUCCAAAGUUCACCGAUCCAAUCAUCGGAACUAACGGAACGACUACGAACGGAGAAAAAAAUAGACAUAAACUGCCACCGGAUGUGGAGUGCAUGAAGAAGGAAGGCAACGCCAACCUGGAGAAGGAAAAGUAUCUGCAGGCCAUCCAGCAGUACACGAUGGCCAUCCGGAAAGCCCAGGAGAAAGAUUGUUCCAUUCUUUAUCUGAACCGAGCGACGGCUCUCAUGAAAAGGAAUUGGUACGGUGAUGUCUAUGCCGCGGUUCGUGACUGUCACCGAGCGCUUCGUCUGGAUCCGCACUACGUCAAAGCACAUUUUCGGCUAGCUCGAGCUUUGCUGAAACUUGGUCAACUGCCGAAUGCAGCAUCAUGUUUAUCCGAACUGGUUCAACGGUUUCCGUCGUACGCGAAGAAUCAUGGCGUUUUGAUGCUGGAUAAGGACAUUGAGGCGGAAAUGGAGAAACAGCGGCAGAGGCAACGGGAACGACCUCUGGAUGCCGAAACGGAUCAAUUUUCCGAUAAUGAACUGGCCUGGCGAGCGAGCGCUUUGGACUACGAGGAUCGAUUUGUGGGUCACUGCAAUACAAAAACUGACAUCAAGGAAGCAAAUUAUUUUGGCGAUUCAAACUACAUCGUUGCGGGAUCCGACGAUGGCAAUUUCUUCAUCUGGGACCGGGACAGUGGAAUGAUUGCGUCGAUCUACCAAGCGGACGAGCUGAUAGUGAACUGUGUUCAGCCCCAUCCGUUUGUAUGUCUGCUUGCCACUAGCGGAAUCGAUCACGAGGUUCGUCUCUGGUCUCCGCAGGGAUUCGAGUCACGACUGAAGCAUCGGAUAGACGAGGUAGUCGGAACGGUCAACGAGAAUCAGAACCGAAUGCAGUCCGACCCGUUCGAUUCGUUAGCUCCCGAUCAGGCCAUGUGUCGAGCUAGUUAGCUUCUGUUGGUACGGUUUAUAUUUAGCAUAUAGUGUGUGAUUGAACUUAGAGUUAAUAAGUUAUUCGCUAGGAUACUACAUUUAUAGCCGAGUGCAGCCAAGUCUUGUUUAAUGAGCAUGACACAAAAUUAACCGUCGCACGGAAACUUGUUUGUUUCUGCAGGGAAUACGCUGGACAGUGUACCAACUCCGAAAAUGGUUUACACACCAAUUGCUGGCGUAUUAAUUAAUAUUUCUUUUUUUUGGCUAAUUUUGACAGUAGCUGCAUUUUUGCGAAAAACACUCGCACGCGUGAGAGCGCGAUAAAUUUUAUUUUAUUUUUGUCUUGGAAAUUGAACCGCUCCACAGUUGCAUACUACAGAACGGACAAGCCACAUAAACUGUUGCGUUGAAUUAGUGCCAGUUCGAUCAUAAACAUUGUUAUAUUUAAUAAAGAUAUUAAUGAAACAUUUGA